GGCCGCUAACAUGGCGGGGCGGCGGAGGGGGACGGCGGCGGCCGCGCGGCGCGGGAGAGAGCGGGAGAAACUUUUUAGCAAGUGUCCCCCCGAGGGCCCGCGCGCGUCCCCAGGGCCCGGCCGGCGCGGGAACUCGGCCAGCAGCCCGGGCCACCGUCCGCGCCGCCCGCAAGCCCGACCCGCCUCGCCUCGCCUUCCAGCCCCGCUCUCCGGGCCGGGGAACCGGCUGGAGCCACCCGCCAGCCCGAGGGGCUCUUCCUACCUCGGAAUCGGAGGAGCUGUUUUGAUUCGUCUCUGAUUCAUUGACCAACGACGACUU